CCGGCCGCCAGCUGCUCGGUGGCCAUGGGGGCGCGGCUGGGCCGGCGGGCUGGACCCGAGGCGGGCUCCGAGGCCGGGGCGGAGACGGGGUGCGGGCCCGCGCCGUAUGAGCGCCGGGUGCGCUGGCUCCGCGAGAUUCAGUCCACGCUCCGCGAGCGGCGGCCCGAACGCGCCCGGCAGCUGCUGCGCCUCCUGCGCCAGGACCUGGGCCUCGAGGGGAUCCUCCUCCCUGACAUAUUCUACAGGAACGUGGCCUUCCUCAAUCUGGUAGACCCCAUUUCUCAUGACCUGCUCGUGAACCUGGCCCGGGACCUGCAAUGCCCCAAGACGGACUCUGAGUUCUGGAAGUCCUCAGACAAGAUCUGUCGGCAGCUCAUCUACCACCUCACCCCUCACUCCAAGUGGCAGCAAGGGUCCAGACUGUCCCAGAGGAAGACCCCGAGCUGCCUCAAGAGCAGCCUGCAGAAGACUCUGCUGGCAGGGGAGACCGUGACCCUCUCAGGGAUCCCACUGUCGGUGCGGGAUGUGCCACAUAUAACGCGCUACCUGGGCAGCCAGGGCGCCGAGCUCACGGCACUGGACCUGAGCUUCACGGGGCUGAGUGAUGAGCUGCCCCGCCUCUGGACGCUGCCCCGCCUCUCCCAGCUCCUGCUCAACGGCAACCGGCUGACACGGGCUGCUGCCCGUGAGCUCACGGAGGCCGUGAAGGACACCACCAAGUUCCCUGCGCUAGCCUGGGUGGACCUGGGCAACAAUGUAGAUGUGGCCUCCCUGCCCCAGCCCCUGUUGGUUGGCCUGCGCCGGCGGCUGAGCCAGUGCACCUCGCUCCCCACCAUCUAUGAGGGCCUGGACCUCGAGCCUGAGGGCAGUGUGGCCCAUGCCACCACUGCUGCCUCCACUUGGGGCUCCGCGGCUGCCGAGCCAGAGUCUGAGCCCCAGGCCUGCUGUACUAGGUGACCGCCACCCUGGCUCCUGCUACCUGACUGACGAUGCUCCCAAGCACAUAGAAUGGGGUGAUGGAGGCCCCAGAGGUCACCCAGGCCCCCAGACAUCCAGUGCACAUGCUGUGCCUGGGAUUAAAGGAAUGGAAGGAUAACGGGCUCAUCAGAGGCCGGAUGAUUAGUCCCGACUGAGAUCUCAGCCUCCUCGCAGCAGGAGGGGCUCAGCACCCGCUGUGCAGACCCCAUAAUAAAGGGUGAUACCCCCUCUGCCUCAGCCUUUCUGCAUCAUGGACAGUGAGCACCAGCCCUGCUGUUAGGGUGGGGUGAAGGUGUAGGGGGCGGCAAAGACUCAGGGACCUUGCCCACCUGAAAGGGAGGGGCCAAGCUCACAGUGACCUCCCUCCAGGUGCUUCCAGGACAAGACCUGCACAGACCGAGAUGUGGAUGUCAGGUCCGUCUGUGGGCUGUGGAGUUAGAGGAGGCCUCCAGGGACUUGGCCCUCACAUCUGGGCAGGGCUGGGAAGGGGCAAAUUGGGAGCCCAGAGAGGGGCAAAGCUUGGAACGGAGCCCACAGCUAGCUCAUGCCUGAGCCCAGGCUGCUGACCUCCCCCACAAAGGCCCCUUGGGCUGGGCACAAGAGUACUGAUAGGAGGGGAGGUUUGCCUCCGACAGGGCACAGCACUGCCCACUACCCCUAGGACCCACUCCCCAGGCCUCCUGUACUUGGUGAGUGGGCAACUCUGCAGGGUUAGGAGACACAUCAGACCAGAGAUGGAGAGCUGUGUGUUCCCUCUAGGCUCCUGGGGCACACACGCACAGUCCUCCCCUAUAGGGGACCCCAAGACAGCAUGUAGGGGGUGGAGGUGGGCGCAGCCAAAAGCAGGGGUCUCUGGGACCAAGCUGUCCUAAGGCAGCCCAGGAGGUGGCCUGCUCCCAGCAGAGGGCUGUCUCCCUUUCUCCCAAGCACUAUCAGGGCAGGCUCCUGACCAGAAGCCUAACGCCAUGUGCGGAGAGCUGGAGUUCAGCCCAACUAGGUGUCGGGCAGGGCAGAGGCAAAAAAGGAAUUUAGAGAUGUCCAGGGGGAAACUGAGUUCCAGAGUAGGGAAGCCAGUAACCUAAGGCUCCUGUGUAGAGCCAAAAGGUGAGGUCCAGGGGCCAUGGGAUCCUGCCGGAUAGGAGACACCUGGUGGCACAGCAAAGCCUCAUGGGCCAAAGAGGAGGCAGGAGUCCUCCUGGUUCUGUGUACCCCAGCCCACCAGCGCCGACCUUCCCCCACAGUUCUGGCUACAGGGGACUGUGAGUUGGCGUGGACUACAGCACAUCCCCGGUCGGCUGGUUGCACAGCAGCCUCUUGGGCCAGAGGGAGGCGGCCAAGGGAAGGAUGGGAAGGAGUUGGUCCUAGCAUGAGGCAGUGAGGCAGCUCCCCCUUCUAUGGUGCAUGUCCCCCCCCCCGCCCCCCCACUGUCAGGCCGUCUGGUCUUGCACUUUUGCGGGAACCCUGAUCCGGGGUUGGUGAGAAGGGUGUGAAGAGCAUCCUGUCAGCCCAGCGCUGCUCCUGACUCACUGUGUGACCUGGCCAGGCCCACCCCUCUCACGGCCUCGGGUUCUCCUUUCUCCCUGGGGUCCUGGCUCCUCCCAGGCCUCCUUGCCCAGUGGCUGGGGAGCUACAGAAGCAUCUCCCUGUGCCCCGGCCCUAGAACAGGGGGCUGAGGCUCCUCUGAGUGAGGCAAAGCAGGGUGGGAGGUGGAAGGGGCCAGUGGAGAGGGAAAGAAAGGGGAAGCCGAGGCCGGGUAGGCUGAUAAGCCUGUUGUCACAGGCAGCCGUGCGCUCCUGUGACUCCUUGCUGGAGAAAUGUCAGGCUCCCGCCUGCCCUCUGGCCCUCCAGCCUGCCUUGCUUCCUGCCCACCAGUGGCCUGCAUCCAGCCCACUAACCUUGAACGUCACCGCUCGGAGAGGUUCCUUCCAGGAUGGUGAGAGGACCUGAGCCGGGUGUCGCCAGGCGAGCUCUGGGAGAAUCCAGGCGGCGGCAGCUGGCCUCAAUCUCCCCGCCUCUUGGACAGAGGCACUCAAUGCAACAGCCGAGCUGGAGCAUGAAGCAGCUCAAGAGAAGAGGGUUGGCCUUGUUGCCAUGCAGGUGUCCGCAGUCCCUUCACGGGGGCCCUCACACCGGGGCUUCACGACCACUAGGGAGGCUACUCUACAGGCUGGGACACUCCAGGAAGCGGGGCUUGUGACUCACUCAGCCUGCCUGGCGGGCAGAAAGUGCCCGCCAGGCCGGCUCCAGCCCAAGUUCCAGAUGGAGGAGGCAGCAGGUGGGGGCCUCACUCAGGCUGGUCCUCACCCAGUCCCAGACUGGGGGCAGACAGGCCCCAUGAUCCACUGGCGGUGUGGUUCUCGCAAGGCCUGUUCCCUCCUGGGAACUAGGUACACCAAGCCUCCCCUCAUCCUGCUGGAGUGAGGAUGACAUAAGGUUUGGAAAGUGCCUGCUGCGUGGGGGGCACAGACAGGCACUAGUCAGCAUCGGCAGGGCCUCCACCCAGGGCUCUCUGGAUGGGAAUGGCAGGAGCCCAAACCUUUGGGACUAGGCAGGACUGAAGCCAUUUAUUUAUUUAAUGAGCACUUCUGUAGGCUUCUCUGGGCCAGGUACUGUUCCGAUGGCUUUACACUCCUUUAAUUCUCUUUGCAAUUGAAGGAGGUGGGUGCUAUUACCACCUCCAUUUUGUAGGUGAGUGAACUAAAACAGGGAGAGGUUAAGUGACUUGUCCAAGGUCAAAGUCUUGGAACUGAAGGAGCUGGGAUGUGAGCCAGGCAGCUUGGCCUCAGUCUGCAAUGCUAACCCUUUGUGAUGCUGCCUUUUCCACAGCCAUCCCCGGGGGCCCAGGAUUCACUGGAACUCCUGAGCAAGCCCCUUCCCAAGAGGCCACUCAAGGCAGAGACCACCAUGAUGGUGUCCUUGGUGGACGGGAACAGACCUCCAGCAGUGCUGCCCCAGGAGUAAGACCAGGCAGGACCUCCCUGGGCCUCAGUUUCACCGUGUUCAAAAAUGGGUGGGGAGGGGAGCAGUGAGGACCUGGGCUCUGCCCUCUUCCAGGAUUGAAAGGGACUAAUUAGGAGAGGGUUUGGAAGUACUUGUCAGACUGAACAAAGCCUAGCCUUGUACUCAGGGGUGCAGGAUUCAUGCCGACUUCUGGUGGUCUGCUAUAGGUGCCUUCAUCUCUUGCGGCCUCAGCCACUACAGUCCUAAACCUGCUUUGCCAAGAUGUUGAGAUCAUCUCGGGGCCUCAGCCUUCUCAGUCCUAAACCUAUUUUGCCAAGAUGUUGAGAUCAUCUAAAGGAAACAUGUAGAAAAGAUACCUGUGCUCCACUGUGUAUUGAAAUACAUCAAAAUGAACAUACCAAGUGCUACAAGUUUAAAGUGUGCAAUAUGACACAUUUUGACUUGUGUACAUAUCCAUGAAAACACCACUACAAUCGAGACAACAAACAUAUCUCUCACGACCAAACGUUUCCUUGUGUCCCUUGGUAAGGGCUCCCUCCCUCCCCUCACCACCCAUCCCCAGCCACAAGCAACCGUUGAUCUGCUUUCCGUCCCUAGAGAUCAGUUUAUAUUUUCUAGAGUUUUAGAUAUAUGGAAUCAUACAGGUGCACUCUUUUUUUCAUAUGACUUCUGUCACUCAGCAUAAUUAUUUUGAGACCCCCCACAGUGUUGUUGCAUGUUCCAAUAGUUCCUUUUUAUUGUUUACUAUUCGAUUGGAUGGACGCACCACAAUUUAUCCAUUCACCUGUUGAUGGAUAUUUGUUUUGAAUUUUUAGCCUUUACAAAUAAAGCGGCUGUGAAUAUUCGUGUACAAGUUUUUGCAUGAACAUAAAAUUCUUUUUCUCUUGGGUAGUGAUAUCACAAUAGUUUUUCUCUUGUUGUACUAUCUUUGCCUGGUUUGGGUACCAGAGUAAUGCUGGUUUCAAAGAAGGAGUUGAGAAGUAUUCCCCUCUCUUCAAUUUUUCUGGGAAGACUUGGUAUUAUUUGUCCCUUAAAUAUUUGGUAGAAUUCCUCAGUG